UGCAAACGUCGCCUUAGCAACGGAUAGGGUUUUACAGUGGUUUGGAAUGAGUAGCAGCAAUAUUCUUCUAAACUGGGUUGAAUUCCUUAUAAAGCAAAUGCACUUUAAAUUUCCAGGUUACUAACUGAAGCCGUGAUGGCUACAAGCAACCCGUCAGUCUUUCUUCUCUCGGUUAACGGACAAAUUGAGGGAGCAAACUUUCCAGAGUAUGACAACUUAUACUGCAAAUAUUGUUUUGUCUACGGCCACGACUGGGCUCCCACAUCGGGGUUGGAAGAAGGCAUCACUCAGAUAACAUGUAAAGGAAUUGAGUCCUCGCACAAAUUAAUAUGGAACUUCCCACUGGAGACAACGUUUAAGAGCACAAACCCCUCUGGAUGGCCUCAGCUCGUAGUGAGUGUGUACGGUCCAGAUGUGUUUGGCAACGAUGUGGUCAGAGGCUAUGGAGCAACACACAUCCCCUUCACACCUGGACAACACACACGAACCAUCCCCAUGUUUGUUCCUGAGCCCACAUGGAGACUACAGAAAUUCACGAGCUGGCUGUUAGGACGGCGGCCAGAGUACACAGACCCUAAAGUAGUGGCCCAGGGUGAAGGCAGAGAAGUGACGCGGGUUCGCUCCCAAGGCUUCGUCACCGUCUCCUUUCACAUCACUACUAAAGACAUAAAGAGACUGGGUUACGACACGGGACCCUCGAGCCUCGCAAACACACCGUCUGCCACAUCUGGCUGGUCGACAGGGGACCAACCGUACAACAUGGAAUAACAAAAGACCGUUUGUCUUUACGCUCAAGGAUGCUUGGUCCCUGCCAAAAAACGAAAACCACAACACUCAAAAGGACUUGUUUACUUCCAGUUAGAAUAGAAAUCCACACUACUGCAACACAUACAUACAUACCAACACUGCUUUGCCUAGUGUUUUUUAGUCAAAAUGAAAUUAUUUGAAUGAGAUUUUAUUAGAUGCAGUUUCAGAUAAUGUCUUGAAUUUUUCGGUUUUACUAUAUUUUUUACUUUUUUUUUUCAAAUAAAUGAACUUGACCUCUAAAUUGUUCACGUUUGGAAGUAUUGAGCAUAUGUUGUUACAUACGUCACUGAUUGUUUGGACACUUGGUUAAAUAAAUAGGACACAGAAACUGGA